UUUACGCAAAACCAGUCGUCCUUGUUCUCUCUCCCUUCCAUCACUAUAAAGAACGCACACUUUCCCUCUUCCAAAGCUACCCACAAACGCAAAAACCCUUCUUUCACAAACCUUUUCUUCCCUUGCGUUUUGAUUUUGUUAUUAUAAUUCUUUUUUGGGUCUCUUCUUUUUGUUUCCCUCUCUUGUUCGUGUUAACUUGUUGAACUCUAAUGUUCUUGUGUUUAAGAAUAGCUUCUCUGAUGAGCUAUAAGAGCCUUGAAUGAGUUGCUAUAGCAGGAGUUGAAGGUCUAAUCUUUGUGGGUUUUGGGAGGAAAAGAUGGAGAGGCUCAAUUUUGUGAAAAAUGGUGUGCUUAGAUUGCCUCCUGGGUUUAGGUUCCAUCCAACAGAUGAGGAACUUGUGGUUCAAUACUUGAAGAGAAAGGCCUUAUCUUUUCCUCUUCCUGCUUCAAUAAUUCCUGAAGUUGAUGUGUGCAGGUCUGAUCCUUGGGACUUGCCAGGUGAUUGUGAGCAAGAGAGGUACUUUUUCAGUACUAGGGAGGCCAAGUACCCAAAUGGAAACAGAUCAAACAGAGCUACUGGUUCUGGGUAUUGGAAAGCAACAGGGAUUGACAAGAAGAUUGUGACUUCAAAGGGUAAUCAGGUUGUGGGGAUGAAGAAAACCCUGGUUUUUUAUACAGGAAAACCCCCACAUGGUUCCAGGACUGAUUGGAUUAUGCAUGAGUACCGCCUUGUCAAUUCUGUUGACACCCUGCAAAAGAUGAGCUCAACCCAGAGCACUGUUGUGCAAAUGGAAAACUGGGUUAUCUGCAGGAUUUUCUUGAAGAAAAGAGGCACCAAAAAAGAGGAUGAAAACGACAUUGUGGGUAAUGGAGUUGAGAAACAAGUACAAGCCAAGAAAAACAGGCCUGUAUUUUAUGAUUUCAUGGCCAGGGGAGGGAAUGAUUCAAAUCUUGCUCCCUGUUCAUCAUCUUCUGGCUCCAGUGGAAUCACUGAGGUCUCUUCUGAUAACAAUGCAUCAGAUGAACAUGAAGAAAGCAGUAGUUGCAAUAGUUUUCCUUAUUUUAGAAGAAAACUGUAGCUUUGAAAUUAAAUUUCCUUCCUAUCUUUACUCCUAGUACCAUUUUCUAGUCCUUGUACCAGCAGCAAAAAUAACCAUCUGAGCAAUCUACCGUUUGGUCCUUUUGUCUUGUCAUCUUCUCUGUGAUUAACAAUGAACAGAAAGAGAGAUUAGACAAAGAAGAUCGGCAUUAACUAUCAUCCCCAAGAGAUCCCAUCUUGUAAUGAGUCCUGAAAUUUCAAAAACUUUUUGUUCUCUUUACUUUUUUUUCUUGCAUAUAUGCAA